AUGUCUUUCCCUAAGAGCUUUAUUGGCAAACUUUGCUUUCUUCUCCUAUCAUGCUCCACCACAUUUGCGGCCCCAGUUGCCGAGCCUAAAGCAGAAAUCGAGACGUCCGUCGUUCGGCGAGCAGGUGGGAGUAAAGGCGACCCAGUGGAUGCAUCUUUCGACAUCACGGGAUGGGAGAACAUCGCCGAAGAAGACUGUUACGUGAUGCUCCAACGAGGCCCGACGGCCAACUCGGGUGACUCGAACAGGAGGGACUCCGGUGUCAACCUGCGUCCGUUCCAGGCGAAUCAAUUGGCAACCCGCCACACUUCGCAAAUCAUGGCCGGCACCGUCAGCGCCGAAGAGUUCCCCUGGGCUAGUACGCAGAACGGUGGAUCAAGCGCCUAUGUGCUCCCCGCAACGUUGGCGGAGCAGAACGUACAGAAGACCGGCAUCAGUGCUGGGUACAGGAGGACGGGUGGUCCAGGGUACGGCGAAUGGUUCAGGAUCUCAUUCACAGGGCCUCCGCAUGGAAGAUACUGUGCUGCUCUCUUCAGUAACCCACAGGACUUCUCUGUGUGCGGCAAUACCGACCAGACCACCAUUUUCGGUGUGAGCAGUGUCGUCCUGGCCAACUUCGUAUACCAGGUCGUGACGGCUGCACAGCCCUACAUAUUCCACCACGCGGCCGGAAACAACAAAGGGACGAAGCGGACUGUUGAUAUUGAAGAAGUGGUCGUUCGGCACGCUGACGAUGAGGUCUCGACUAUAUGA